AACAAACAAAUGAAAAACCCUAUUGCUCUUAAUCAGCUGGGAAUCUUAUCUGACAAAUGUCUUGAGUGUAAAGAUAGUCAUCAGUAUCAUUAGCCAACCCAUGCUGACUAUCCGUCUGGAGCCCUCUGUAGGAGGAAGGCCCCUGAGGCUCAUUGUAACCACGUUCCUCACCAGCGGACAGUUCAGCUAAUGAAAAGAUGGACCCAGAAAAUAGUGGCCGAGCAGGUCUUGCUCUCCCAAACCCACAAGGGCCCUCCAGUGCACCUGAAAUUGAGCUUUCAGAAGUAUCUCUCCAUGAAAACCCCUCACUACAGAAGACUGCCUCAUCCCCACCAUGCCACACAUGGCUGAUAUUUUUGAAGAGGGAACUGGAGUUUCUGGGGGUAACACAAAUUCUGGUUGGCUUGAUAUGUCUUUGUUUUGGAACAAUUGUCUGCUCCGUGAUCAAUAUUUCAGAACUUAAGGAAGAUGUUUUUUCAUCAUUUAAAGCAGGCUACCCAUUCUGGGGAGCCGUGUUUUUUGCUAUUUCUGGAUUUUUGCCAAUUAUGUCUGAAAAGAAACACACUACCUGUCUGGUGUGGGGAACCCUGUGGGCCAACACUGUCAGCAGCGUAGCUGCCGGAAUAGGAAUCUUCAUCCUGACGGUCAAUCUGAAGAAGAGCUCUGCUUUUAUCUACAACUGCCAGGAAGUUUACGGAGAGGACUUCUGCUUUAUGGCUUGUUUUUCCACUGAAAUUGUGGCAAUGAUCCUGUUUCUCACCAUUCUGGGAUUUUGUAGUGCCGUGUCCCUCAUAAUCUAUGGGGUUGGAGAAAUAGUCCAAGGAAACAAGAUUGCAGAAGAUCGUCUUUAUGAGGAAUUAAACAUAUAUUCACCGAUUUACAGUGAGUUGGAAGACAAAGUGGAGGCCUCUUCUCCAGCUGAUUCAUAAGAAUCGUGUCUUCAGAAUAGGCCAAGAUCUUUGUUUAAGGGGAUAUUGGAAAAAUUUCAGUUCUGUCUAUGGUCUGCCAGGUUUACAUUAGGACUUAUUCUCCAGAUGGUAAUAUUCUGUCUGAGGUUUCUGUUCACCUAAACUUCCUCCUACCCCGCCCAUUUGUGGAUAUGUGAUAGACUCUUACUUUUCUUGUUUCCUAUUGCUAUCUUGCAUAGGAACUUUUGUGGGAAAUCAACAUGUAAUCAGCAAGUAUUAGCUGUGUGCUUUUAACACCCACUAAAUAAGUGGAAGACUGUUUGAGAGCUGAGUCAAACUUUGACAGUUUUGGAACACCUGGGUGACUCAGUGAGUUAAGGGUCAGACUCUUGAUUUUGGCUCAGGUCAUGAUCUCCUGGGUU